CUGUAACGUCUGGUGUGAGAUGGCCGUUUACUCGCAAGUUGCUAAAAAUCUUAGUGUGGACUGGAACGGGUAUGCAGUCGUCGGUUGCCUAGUAUUGAUUGUUCUCCUUGGUAUGUUGCUAUUCUACAAAUUCAGAAAUAAUUUGCCAGUUGCUUUGAUGCUAAUAAGAAUAAUAAUUGUACUAUGGUCUACCAGUAUCAUAUUUUUAUGUUGCGACUUUAAACAAGGAAACUGGUAUAUUCUCUUGGUCUUCAUAAUUCUGGAAGACUUGUUAACAAUCAUCUUCUGCUACUUUAUCAGAAGAUUUAAACAAAGAGUGAUGCUAUUCCUGCUGUCCUUGUCGACAGUGUGUGUGAUAACCGGCAUAGUUCUGUUUUUUGUAGCGAAUGGUAAAGUGAGUUGAAGUGUAAAAUGAAUAGUUUUAUUUUUAACAUUUAUUCCUGCAAUUACAAGAAUUGUUUUAUUAUGACUGUUACUCACAUUUAGUCAACGUGUGGUUGAUAAUAAUGAUGAUGGGAGAGAGCAAGGAUUGAUAGGCAAAUUUCUAGCUGAAUUCACUAAUAAUAAUAAUAACAAUAACAAUGAAACUUCAUUUCAGAUAAUGUGGGAAAUACGUGAGAAACAUUUUCAGCGUCUUUAGUUUGUUCACUGCAUAGUUAGAAUUGCAUGAAGAUUGAAUUCUUGUAAAUACACAUUUCGUAGUUGCGUUCGAUUUGAAGACAUUUGAUUUUAUCACUCAUGCAUCGGUGGCACAUCGGUUAGGACGCUCGCUG